UCUUAUGAUAAAAGGGAAAUCACUCUUAUUAACUUUCUACGAAGCAUUCACAUUUCAUAAAUUUAUUACAUUAUUACGUCAUAAGUAUAUGUAUUUAAAAGUGCAAUAUUCUUGCUAGCAGGUUGGUAUAAACUUCUUGGUUUUAAGUAAAUCUCUCUCUCUUUCGCCCACCCACCGCCGUGGUUGGAUUUCUGUUACUGCUUAGCGUGAAGUCGGCGUGUGUGAAUCAUAAGCUUCUAGACCCAUCGAUCAGUGCACAGACCUUCACUAAAUCUACCUAGUACCUUGAGUCACCAUGAGCAAAAAGAAGUCUAUGACUGAUGAGGAACGGACAGCCCUGGUUCAGAGGCUGCAGGACGACAUUGAGGACUUUGUUGCUGAGCGAUCAAAAAAGGCACAAGAAACAGGGGCAGUCGGUGACGAUGGAAAAUCAGUGGAUGAUAUUAUUCAAGAGCUUCAAAAUCACCCAGCAUUCCUGAAGGAGGUUGAUUGGUCUAAACCACUGUCCCCAGAAAUGGAGGCACUCAUGGCCAUCAAAUAUGAAUCUGAAAAUCCAAAGGCCCGAGCUGAGAGCUACCGUGAGGAGGGAAAUGAGCUUUUCAAAAAAAAAGAUUACAGAACAGCUAUUGCUAAUUACACCGAAGGAAUUAAAUCCAAAAGUCCAGACAGGCUUCAGAAUGCAGUUUUGUAUACAAACAGAGCUGCAGCCCACUAUCACCUUGGUAACUACAGGUCAGCAUUUAAUGAUUGCAUUUAUGCAAGAAAAUUUAAACCCGAUCACAUGAAAGCGAUUAUUAGAGGUGCACUCUGCAGUGACAAAAUGAAUAAACAUGCUGACACCAUUAGCUGGUGCAAAGCAGGAUUGAUGCUAGACAGUGAAAACAAGGAGCUUUUGGAGAUUAAACUGAAAGCUGAAAAGGCUAAGCGUUUACAAGAAAGAGAUGAACGCAAGCAAGCAUUCAAGGAUAGAAAAGAAGAUGAAGCCACACUGAAGCUUUUAAAUGUGAUCAAAGACCGCAAGAUACAGCUUGUGUCUUCCACAAACAGAAGAAACUGCUCAUCUUUCCCCAAAUCUGCUGACCAGCUUGGACCCCUGCAUCCUUCUGGUGCUAGUGUUCGCCUAGAUGAAAAAGGGUGUCUGCACUGGCCUGUUUUGUUGCUUUACCCUGAAUAUGCCCAGACUGACUUCAUCCAGAACUUUUGUGAGAACAGCACAUUUGAAGACCAUCUAGUGCAGAUGUUUGGUCCAGAUACAGAACCACCUCCAUGGGACAUUGAACAUGAAGGAAGUUUAUAUCCUGUAAGCAAGUACAACACUCUCCUAGAGGUGCUGCAGCAUAAAAGGUACAAAGUAUUCAGAGGAACACCUUCAUUCAUAGUUAUUCCCAUGGAUUCACAGUUCCAGCAAGAGUUCCUUCAAAAAAUAUAAGGUUGCAAAGCCUUAACAAAGUUUCUUUAUUACUACAUGUAUUGUGAAAUGUGAGUAUGCAGA